ACCUGGUUGUGAGUUUAUUUAAAAGAAAAUUAGUAAAAUGGUCAAAUUAAUUUUGACCUAAAAAAUUAAGUUCUUUCUACUAAAACACAAGUUUCUUCCUAAACUCGGGAACUAGCUAAAUUUCGCGCUAGCACAAGCGUCGGCGUUCUCUGUAUCUUAGCAGAAACUAAAAAUCGAAUUGAAGCUAUGGCUCCUCUCAAAGUUCUGAUGGUUGCAGAGAAGCCUAGCAUCGCUCUCUCAAUUGCUGCCGUGCUCUCCCGUGGCAAAAUGUUUACAAGGAAGGGUGGUACCGAGGUUCAUGAGUUUGAUUCUAUAUUUCUUGGAUCUCAAGCGCAUUAUAAAGUCACAUCAGUGAUUGGGCAUGUUUUCAGUGUAGAUUUUCCAGCAACAUAUCAAGAUUGGUCUAGCGUUGACCCUUUAGAUCUUUUCAGAGCUCCAGUUCUGAGGAGAGAGUCAAACCCAAAGGCACAUAUCUGUAGGCAUCUAAGUCAAGAAGCUCGUGGUUGUGGUCAUUUGGUGUUGUGGUUAGAUUGUGAUCGCGAGGGGGAAAAUAUAUGUUUUGAAGUCAUGGAGAGCACUGGCUUUCAAUUAAAUGAUGCUAGAAGAAAGGUUUAUCGUGCACGGUUUUCUUCAGUUACCGAGAAAGAUAUUUUUAAGGCUAUGGAUAACCUUGUUGAACCUAACAGAAAUGAAGCACUGGCUGUUGAUGCUCGGCUGGAGAUAGAUUUGAAAGUUGGUGUCGCAUUUACACGAUUUCAAACUAGAUAUUUCCAGGGAAAAUAUGGGAAUCUUGACUCCAGAGUUAUCUCCUAUGGGCCAUGUCAAACUCCUACCCUGGGGUUUUGUGUACAACGGUAUUUGCAAAUUACUUCCUUUAAGCCAGAAAAGUUUUGGGCACUGCAUCCUUACAUAAUACAGAAUGGGUAUGAAAUUAAGCUAGAAUGGGAACGUCACAAGUUGUUUGACUUGGAUGUUGCUAUGAUGUUUCAAGAGUCGGUCACACAUGAUUCAAUCCUAGAAGUAAUUGAUAUAUCAGAAAAACAGGAAAGCAAAGUUCGUCCUUCUGGUCUUAACACUGUGAAUCUUCUAAAGGUUGCUUCAAGUGCAUUAGGCUUUGGUCCUCAAAUGGCUAUGCAGUUGGCUGAGCGCUUGUAUACUCAAGGUUUCAUCAGCUAUCCACGUACAGAAAGUACUGCCUACCCUUCUUCAUUUGAUUUUCAAGGGACACUUAGUGCACAAGCAAACAGUCUAGUAUGGGGUGAUUAUGCACAAAGGCUCCUUGCUGAAGGUUAUCAUAAGCCACGGUCUGGAACAGAUGCAGGAGAUCAUCCCCCUAUUACUCCAAUGCAGUUUGCAACUGAAGAUAAUCUUGGCCAAGAUGCUUGGAGACUGUACCAAUAUGUCUGCCAACAUUUUCUGGGCAGUGUGUCUCCGGACUGCAAGUUUGUAAGGAAAAAGAUAAAAUUUUCAAUGGGUGGAGAGUACUUCCAUUGUGUAGGGCAUCAUGUUACAGUCGAAGGAUUUACAUCAAUUAUGCCAUGGCUAGCAAUAACUGAAAGAAACCUGCCUGAGUUUUCUAAAGGAGAGAAAAUAGAAGUUUCAAGGGUGGAGCUGAACGAGGGCAAUACUGUCGCACCUGAUUAUCUCAGUGAGAGUGAGCUUAUUUCCUUGAUGGAGAAGAAUGGAAUAGGCACAGAUGCAUCAAUACCUGUGCAUAUUAACAACAUAUGUGAGCGCAACUACGUCCAGGUUCAAGCUGGCAGGAAAUUGGUCCCUACGCCGUUAGGUAUUGCGCUUAUAAGAGGCUAUCAGUGUAUUGAUCCAGAUCUGUGUUUGCCGGAUAUCCGAAGUUUCAUCGAGCAACAGAUAACACUUGUUGCUAAGGGUCAGGCAGAUCAUUCUCGUGUUGUGCAGCACGUGCUACAACAAUUUAAGGAGAAGUACAGUUUCUUUGUUAAGCAGAUUGAAAACAUGGAUGCACUAUUUGAAGCACAAUUUUCCCCACUUUCUGACUCUGGACGUCUUCUCAGUAAAUGCGGUAAAUGCCUGCGGUAUAUGAAGUACAUUUCUACCCAGCCAUCAAGGCUGUACUGUGCUACAUGUGAGGAGGUUUAUAAUCUCCCUGAAAAGGGUACCAUUAAGCUCUACAAAGAGCUGACAUGUCCUUUGGAUGGCUUUGAGCUUUUGAUUUUCUCAAUGGCUGGGCCAGAAGGCAAGUCUUUCCCUCUCUGCCCAUUCUGCUACAACAAUCCUCCAUUUGAAGGUAUAGACACACUCUUUGGUACCACUAAAACGAAUGGUUCUGGGAAAUUUGGUAAAGAAGCAGGCAUGCCUUGCUUCCUCUGUCCGCACCCAACAUGCCGACAUUCUCUAAUAGCUCAAGGAGUUUGUGCUUGCCCAGAAUGCAAUGGUACUUUGGUUUUAGACCCAGUAAGUGCCCCCAAGUGGAGACUCUAUUGCAAUAUGUGCAAUUGCCUUGUCUACCUCCCUCAAGGUGCACAUCGAAUUGCCACCACUUGUGAUCAAUGCCCUGAAUGUGAUUCUACACUAAUAGAAGUGGACUUCAAUAAGAAAACGUCGCCUUUGGAUGAUGGAGCUACUUUGCAUAUUGGUUGCAUUCUUUGUGAUGAAUUGCUUCAUUCUCUCAUUGAAGUGAAACAUGGUAGAUCGUUUUUCAAACAUUUAGGUGGUAGGGGAAGGAGAGGUGCAAGGAGAGGUGGAUAUAAAGGAAGAGGACGGAAUUCUGGAAAAAUGGUGGAUCCAAAAAUGAGUUUUCGAGAUUUUUGAGAGGUUUUACUUAUUCACCUUUGUAUUUGAUCUUAAAAUUGUUUUGAGUGUGCAGUUGAUUUUAUAAACAAAAAUUCUGAAACUUAUGACUUGUUCUUAUGGUUCAUUCAUUCUGGUGCAAACUUUAUUUAUGUAAAGCAAUUGGUGUAAACUUAAUUAAGAACAAAUUUUAUUC